AUGCUCUCCCGGCUGGCCCCCCUUCUCGCCGUCGUGCUCCUUCCUCUCGCCGCCUGGGCGAAGAACGACUGGUCACAGGCGUGUCUCUCCGGCGAGUGCGACUGGGACAUCCCGAGCGGGAGCGGCUCCUCGGGCACGGUCCGCGUGGCCGGAUCGUCGACUGGUAUCUCUGAUCUUACGGAGGCCGCGGGAUGGGUGAUUCUCGGCUGCAACAGCACCGCGGCAGACCAGGACGUCCGCGUCGCUUGCUACGACUCGGACAUGGGAUGCGAUCAUCUGUACUUGAACGGCGCGGAGAACACAAUCGUGCGCCUGCCGGAUGAGUGCGCUUCCAUGCCCUUCGCUCUCGUGCUUAGCGUCUGGGAUCACGAGGAUCAGUCGAUCCCGGCCAGUAAGCGCUCCCUUUUGACUCGCCGCAAUGGCACGGAUCCCAUAGUCAAGGGAAUGAGCCUCAGCACCCAGUUUGCCGACGCGAACUCUACGCAGCAUGGCGAUGUCAUGUUCUUUGUCCAAGGAUCUUCCGUUGAGAGUGUCGCCAGCGACUUCGUGGUGAACCCCUCAAGGACCGACAACAGCUCGGUGGCCGAUUGGGUCGCUCAAACCUCAACCCGUCUCAGCGAAGUGCACGCCAACGUCACUGCCAGCGAGAAGACCACGUCGACAGCUGCAGCUUCGGUUUGCCGGGACAGGCGUAGUCUGGCCAAACGCAGCCCUCUCAAGGUCAACGUCGCUACGCACGACUUUGGCUUCUCGUUCCCGGAGACGACCCUCUUGGACGUCUCUCUGUCGUGUGCCCAGUCGGGCGACAUCCCCGGCUUCUCCGCAGACGUCGAUCUCGGCGUUGGAGGCAGCGUCAACGGCACACUCAAGUUUGGCAUCGCGAUGGCGCUCAACAUCUUCGACCUGAAGAACUUCCAGCUCGGGAUAACCGUCGGCCUCGACUCCGUCAUGACCGGAAACAUGGGUCUCACAGCUGGUGCUUCGGGCACCUUCUCAGUCAAGCAGACCCUCUACACCGUUGGUCUCCCCGGCCUCAGCAUCCCCGCCAUCAUCUCCAUCGGCCCCACGUUCUCGCUCAUCGGCGGCGCGACUGCCAGCCUCGACACCGCGCUCGACAUGGACGUCGACCUCGCCUACACCAUCAGCGGCGCGCAGUUCGUCUACCCGCCCAUGAAGGUCGACGGCAGCUCGACCAAAACCAGCCUUCUCGGCGGCAUCUUCACCCCCGGGUCCAACACCCUCAAGCUCUCCGCAUCGCCCAACAUCACCGCCUCUGGCACGCUCUCCGGGCACCUCAUCCCCCAGCUCGCCUUCGGCGUCUCCGCGCUCAACGGCCAAGCGAGCGCGACCGUCAACUUCAACGUCGACGCCUCCGCCGGGCUCGCGCUCAACGGCACCGCCUCCGCGUCCGGCACGCUCUCGACCGAGUCCGACGCGUCCGGCGCGGGCGCCGCCGCGGGGUGCGUCGACGUCUACACCGGCUUGGGGGUGAACGUGGGCGCGAGCGCGAGCCUCUUCGGCGUCUUCAACCCGAACGUCGCCACCUCGCUCUUCGACGGCCAGUGGGACCUGUUCAGCACGUGCGGGAGCACCGCGGGCGCGAAGCGGAUGGUCCCCGUCCGCCGCGGGCUGGGCGGGCGCCGCGCGGUCGAGGGCCGCGACGCGGUCUCGGACGCGCUCGCGUCGAUCGACUGGUCCGGGCUGCUGAGCGGGAUCGCGGACGGGAUCUUCGACGGGCUGGUGUGCCCCGCGUCGGCGGCGAGCGCGCUGGCGACGAUCACGAACAGCUCCUCUUCGACCUCGAGCUCUUGA